AUGUUGUCGGUAGAGCAGUUGAGCAAGCAAAUCGCGGACAUUUGCCCAGAAGAUCAUCUGAAAUCGUUUCUGCAGCGUGAUGUAAGGCCAGAUGGUCGAAGUCUUGACGAGCUUCGCCCUCUUGUGUUGGCUAAAAAUGUCGCUCCGACUGCGGACAGCUCCGCGAUGAUCAGACUUGGCAAUACAAAGGUCAUCUGUGGAAUUACAGCAGAAACGAUCAAGCCUGCAGCGGCUACACCAACUGAUGGAUCGUUUAGUGUGAAUUUUGAAUUUUCACCAGUUUGUUCGCCUAAUGCGAAAGCAGGACCGCCGAAUGAAGUAGCACAGACGAUGUCGAUCUUUUUGGACGGAAUUUUGAAACAAGUUUUCGACAACAACCAGUUGUGCAUUGAGCCGGAUGUGUUAGCUUGGACGCUUUUUAUUGAUGUGUACUGCCUUGAAGGUAGUUUCGUUGAUUUUUUCUACGAUGGAAACGUAACGGACGCUGCCAUGAUGUCCGUUAUAUCCUCCCUCCGAGAUCUGAAGCUACCAGAAAUCACGAUAGACGAAGAAACGGCGAAGCCAGUCGUAAAUGUAGAGAAAAGCACUCCAGUCUCAUUGAAAAUGAUUCCCGUUUCGACUACGUAUGGAGAAUUCAGUGGAAUAUUACUCCUCGAUCCUACUGCUCGAGAAACGGAACUCGGAAGCUCGCCAAUUACAGUCGUUUGCUCGGAAAAGGGCGCUCUGUUGUGCUUCAACAGAUCUGGUGGUUCUCCACUUUCGCAAGAACAGGUCGCGGCGGCCAUUGAGAAUUCAAAAAGGAGGUCUUCGACGAUCUAUGAUCAGUACUUUGCUUGA